UUGUUGAACAGUUCACAUGGUACAUAAUCUAUCGGAGUGUCUAACUAAAUGGUUACCUAUAUGUUUACUUAAUUCCAUUUAGUCCUAGAGCUGAUGUAGAGUAAAUCUUGGCCGUAGAAGAGGGUUUUAACUGUUACAGGGAUGUUGUACGCCGUGUUGCUCUUUUUACACGUGCUCUGUUGUGGGGGGUUCGUUCUGGACGGACUUUCGGGACCCGCCAAUCUGUACGUGUCAACGCACGGAAGGGACCACAAUAACGGACACGAAAUUCACCAUCCAGUGAGAACCCUGUCGCAGGCCUUGUCCCAACUCAAACUGUCCACUUACUCCAAUAGAGAUGUUACCAUUAACCUGAUGCAAGGGUACCAUGAUUUGGAUGCAACUGUGCACAUUACCCACAGAUCCCCUCACACGAUCACAAUUCAAGCACAUAAAGAUGAAGAAGUUCACGUGACAGGGGGAAAGAGAAUACCCAGCAACAUGUUCCACAAAGUAACAGACACAGCCAUACUCCACAGGCUUCCGCCGGAGUCUCGACACAAGGUGUACCAAAUGAACCUUUCCGAUGUUGGAAUCACAGAUUUGGGACAUCUUACCUCAUAUGGAUUUUAUCACAACAGAGAAGCGCCCCUCGAGGUGUUUUAUAAUGGCGCACCUCUACGUCUUGCGAGAUGGCCGAACGAGGGGUUCAUCAACAUCAGACAAGUGCUGAGUGGUACUCACGGACGACGAUUCUCGUACGACAGCGAGCGACCAAAGAGAUGGUCGUCUGAAAACGAUCUGUGGGCAUACGGAUAUUGGUUCUGGAGUUGGGCGGACAUGGGUGUGAAAAUCCACUCUUUAGAUGUCACGAAUCACGUGGUAGAACUUGAACGUGACACCUGGUAUGGUCUGAAGGAAGGACAUUAUAACAAUCAAUCAAAUGAAGGGAUAAAGUAUUCGCAACAAGGUGGAUAUUUCAGAUUCCUGAACGUCCUUGGAGAGAUCGAUGAACCGGGCGAGUAUUACAUAGACAGAUCCUCGGGAGUCCUCUACCUAUGGCCGCCUACAUCUACUGGUCUCAGCAGUCAUGACGUCAUAUACACAUCUAUCAUUAACGAUUGUUUCAGCCUUGAUGGAACAAGUACUAAUGUGGUAUUUCGGGGAUUUACACUGGAGGCAUGUAGAAGGUUUGGGAUUAAAGGAAACAAUGCUCACAACAUAACUGUUGAACAAAUGGAGAUCAAAAACACAGGGUCUUACAAUGUUUUCUUUUCGGGAGAUUCACGUGACGUCACAAUCAGCCGCUGUAAUCUUCAUGACGGGGACGGGGGCGUCAGUUUAGAUGGGGGCGAUCGCGUCACGCUGACUCCCUCGGGAAACUUGGUGACAGAUAACCUUAUUUGGAGAUUCAGCCGAGAAACAGGGGUCGGGGCCAAUGCUCUGUCUCUAAGGGGAGUUGCCGCACGGGUACAAUAUAACGACAUGCACACAGGGCAAUACACGGCCAUUCGGUGGUCAGGGAACGAUCACGUGAUGGAAUACAACAACGUCCACCACACGUGUCAGAACAGCUCCGACUGCGGAGGGAUACACUCAGGACGAGACUGGACUGCGAGAGGAAAUAUAAUCCGUAAGAACCAUAUACAUCACACUCUGAGGAGGGUCCCGGGGGCGGAUGUCCGGGGGAUCAUGCUGGACGAUCAGUACUCGUCCGUGACCAUCGAGGAAAACGUGUUCUAUGACAACGAAGUUCAUACAAAUAUCGGAGGUGGACGGGACAACAUCAUACGUGACAAUGUUUUCUAUAAUGCCACUUUGAACGCAAUGCAAGUGGACCACAGAGGCACCGCCCAUAGUGUGGACACGACACUCUAUGACAAACUGCGGAAAGUACCUUUUAAGACUGGGAUAUGGGCCUCGAAAUAUCCAAAGUUGGCUGUCAUUGAAUCGAACAGUCCAAGCGAACCAAGAGGAAACCAGAUCUACAACAACGUAUUCUACGGAGCUAAGACUUCGUCUAUACGUGGCCUGGUACAAAAUGUGGACUGGUUUAACGUGUCGAACAACGCCUACUCAGAUCUGACGUCAGACUUCUAUGACGUAGCAGUGCGGGACUUCCGGCCUCAGUGUCAGCUGGCAAAGUUCGCACAUAGAGUCCAUUUUCCGACCCCAAUACAACUGAACCAGGUGGGUCCACGUUUCGCCGUGGGACCUAAAUACAACGAACACGUGGCGACGGCCCCUGUCACACACAGCUCUCCUUCCCCAUGUACCACUUACCCACCGGUCACACAUGUACCCAAAGGAUCUUAUCUACCGGACGGAUCCGCCCCCAAUACAAUACACGCAACCCCCAAACAGGGAUGUUGGUUGUAUGUGGAAAAAUGCGCCUCACACCCCGGACUGAUAUCUAGAAACAAAACUCAUUUUCACCGAGACACGAACCCUGGUGCCAACACCAGACAGUCUCUCUGUCUGCAGCGAGUGUCUCACUACGUCAGCUACUGUGGAGCAGAGUCCCUCUUCUAUGUUAUUUUCGGACCUACGGGGGCGAUGACUGUUGGGGGACACGAGGGCUGCUACUUCGCUGAAUAUGGCUGUCCUGACCACAGCCAUAGCCUACCAAAGGUUGGCCUUAUCCACCACGACGCCUACGCCGAGCACUCAUUAAAUGCCUUACACAAUGAACACAACUGCCUCUCACGCGCAUUUCCGCAAUAUCGUUAUUGUGGUAGUCACGUUGAUUAUCCAUACACCAGCAUAUUUUUACCGACAGGUAAAACUACAACAGCGGGUGGUGGAUGUUGGAUUCAAAUGGACGCAUGCAUAGCCGAUUCUUCUAUACAGUUAUCUUUUUAUGAUGCGUUGGGACAAACAAGUUCGGGAUCAGACAACAGCCAGGAGAUCUGCUUUAACCGGGCGGCCUAUUACUGGUAUCACUGUGGAUCUCACAAUACCUACCCUGUUACAGCGUUCUUCCGUCCACAAGCAGCUUCCGCCACGUACCCGCCGUCUUAAUAAAAUGUUUGUUGAACUUA